GGACAAAAAGUAUUAGACAAAACCAGAGACUUUGAAGACCACCGAUUUUAGUUAGGGCUGAGUUGAGAGGAAGAAGAAACAGAGCAGACCAUAUGAAGCUUUGGUAUUGACAGAAAACGAUGCCGCUUUCAGGUGACAAACCACCAACUAACCCUAAGCCCAACUCCUCACCAUUGAAGAAGAUAUGACCUAGCUGGUCAGCUCUCUAGCUCAAGAACGUCAAACCUCUCGAGCAUGUUGUCUUCACCAUGCAAAUACAAUCCUUCUCCACGCACAACUCUACAGAUUCCAAAUCUAACAUUUUGGAAGCCAAAAUAAUCGUCUCCAAAUUUUCCAACAUGGACAUUACGCGGCUCUUGUCCGACGAACUCCUCCUCAUGGUACUGUCGAAGCUUCCGGAUUCGCAGAUAAAACCAAAUUAUCUUGUCUGCAAGCGCUGGAAUAAUCUCCAGGGCCGCCUUGUACGGUCCUUGAAGGUGCUAGAUUGGAACUUUGUUCAGUCAGGUAGGUUGAGUAUAAGAUUCCCUAACCUUACACAUGUGGAUUUGAUUAAUGCCUGUUUAGUUUCGCCGCGAAAUUCCGGGAUUUGGUUGAGUCACGGAAAGUUUUCCAUGCGUCUCGAUCCCAGGUUUUCUUCAAACUGGCGUGUUUUGGAGGAGCAUUUGUUGAGCGUCGAGAUGGUUGAUAAAGGGCUGAAAACUCUGGCAAGUGGGUGCCCUAAUCUGCGCAAAUUGGUUGUGAUUGGUGCUAGUGAGAUGGGAUUGUUGAGUGUGGCAGAGGAGUGUUCAACUUUACAAGAACUGCAUUUGCAUAGAUGCAACGAGAAUGUGUUGUGUGGGAUUACAGCAUUUCGAAAUUUGCAGAUUCUUAAAUUGGUGGGCAGUGUGGAUGGGUUGUAUCACUCAUUGGUGUCAGAUAUUGGGUUAACGAUAUUGGCUCAAGGGUGCAAGAGGUUGGUGAGGCUUGAGCUUAGUGGUUGUGAGGGUAGCUUUGAUGGUAUUAAAGCAAUUGGGCAAUGUUGUCAGAUGCUUGAGGAAUUGACUCUCUGUGAUCAUAGGAUGGAUGAUGGGUGGGUUGCGGCACUCUCAUAUUGUGAGAAUUUGAAGACUUUGAGGAUUGUUUCAUGUAAUAGGAUUGAUCCGAAUCCAGGACCAGAUAAGUAUUUGGGGUCCUGCCCUGCUCUUGAGCGGUUGCAUAUGGAAAAUUGCCGGCUGGGAGAUAAAAUGGGUGUGCGAGCGAUGUUUAGAGUAUGUGACACAGUGAGGGAGCUGGUGAUUCAUAAUUGUUGGGGUCUGGAAAAUGACCAUUUCAGCUUGGCAAGUGCAUGCAGGAGGGUAAAGUUGCUAUCGUUGGAAGGAUGCUCGUUGCUGACAGCGGAAGGCCUGGAAGCUGUUUUUCUUUCCUGGAAUGAACUUCAAAACCUUAGAGUAGUAUCAUGUAAAAAUGUGAAGGACGGGGAAGUCUCUCCUGCACUUUGGACCUUGUUCUCUACUCUGAAGGAGUUGAAAUGGAGGCCUGAUACCAAGUCUCUUAUUGGCCAACACAUUCACUUAGAGCAGCUGUAGUAAGUGCCAUUUAUGCAAAUGCUGUACCAAUAUAACCAGUCAUUUGCUACUUCAUCUGGUAGGUUGACGAGGAGCUAGCUUAGGAAUAAAACCAUGGUGCACUUGUUACUAGCUUUGCCCCUUCUUAUAUAUAGAUUAGGUUCGAUCUUGGUGCCGGUGCAGAUGCUUGUAUCUGCAGCGCUGGAAUUCGAUCUGGGCAUUGUAGUAUUUGUUUAGCCUUCCUUUCCCAUUUUUGUAAUUAGGGUCAAUUAGCAUAUCUUAUGUACUGAUAGUUUGAUACACAUCACAUGUAGUUUAUCUUCCGCAACCAUACAUUUCCUGCUCCCGUUGUUGGCAAUCAAAAGUUGUGAUUGAUA